AUGUACGUCCUCACGCUCAACUGCGGCUCGUCGUCCAUCAAGGGCAAGCUGUUCCACCUCCCGUCAAAGGAGGCGCCGCUCAAGCCGGCGGCCAAGAUCUCGGUGCUCAACAUCGGCGCCAAGGGCGACAGAGUCCAUGUCGUCGUCAAGUGGCUGGACGACGAGGGGCGGGACGACGUGGACGAGAGAAUGGGAGACGGCGGCGAGGUCGAGCAUAGAGACAUCUUCCCGGUAAUUCUCAAACACAUCACUUCGUCAGGCAUCAAGGAGGACGCGAUCAAGUACGUCACACACCGCAUCGUGCACGGCGGCAUGAACAAGAAGGGCCUUAGAGUCACGAAAGAGGACACGAGAGAGCUCGAGCAGAUGGACGCGCUGUCCUCGUUCGCGCCCCUGCACAACCACCACGCCGUGCUGUGCGUGCGCGCAUGCCUCGACGCCGUGCCGAAGAGCACGCAGCUGCUGUACUUUGACACUCUGUUCCAUCAAACUCUCCCUCCCGAAGUAUACACUUACGCGCUCCCGCCAACGAAGGCGGACCUCGCCAUCCCGCUGCGCAAGUACGGCUUCCACGGCCUGUCGUACGCGUCGAUCGUGCACCAGCUCGCGCAGCACACGCACACGACACCCGACAAGCUCAACCUCGUCGUGGCGCACCUCGGCUCGGGCGCGUCCGCAUGCUGCAUCCGUGCCGGCAAGUCGAUCGACACGAGCAUGGGCCUCACGCCCCUCGAAGGCCUGGUGGGCGGCACGCGCACAGGCAACAUCGACCCGACGGCGAUCAUGCACCACACGCCCGAGUAUGCGCGCGACGCAGGCCUGAGCGGGAUGCACGUGAGCCGGGGCGAGUGGGUGAUGAAUAGAGAGAGCGGGCUGUCCGCGCUGGCGGGCACGCCGAAUUUCGGCACGAUCACGGCUAAGGCGUUCGGCGAGGUCGGAGAGGGCGGGGCCACAGACGCCGCGGAGAAGAAGCGCAUGCGCCUCGCGUACGACAUCUUCCUCGACCGCGUUAUGGUGUUUAUCAGCCAGUACCUCGCCAAGCUGCUCGUGCAGGUGCCGCUCACGGAGGUGCAGCUCGUGUUCUCCGGCGGGAUCGGCGAGAACGCCGCCAAGCUCCGCCGCGACGUAAUCGAGCGCCUGCACUGGCUCGGGGCGAGCGUGGGAGAGGCGAACGAGAAGCGGGGCGGCGGGGCCGUGCGGAAGGUGAGCGGCGCGGAGAGCCGGCUCACCGCGUGGGUCGUCGAGACGGACGAGGAGGGAUGGUGUGCGCAGAUGGCGCGCGACGACAUGGGGAUCUAG